AUGGCCACUACCACCGCUCACCGACCGCAACACAUCAGCUUUGCACCUAGCCCAGCCGAGUCUCUUCGCCAAUCCACCCUCCAGAAGAACAUGGCCAUCACUCAGACAUACUAUCUCGCCCACAAGGCCCGCUCCAAGCUGGGCCGCGAGGCUGCUCGCGCCGACCACAACCUCCGCCUGCUCGUCGGCCACGCCAACCUGCUCGACAACCUCAUGGUUGAGCUGGCCGACGCCGAGCGGGAACAGGAGCGCUGGUUCAACCAGUCUGUCCGCGGCGCCUCGCCCAAGGCGCAGGACCGCCACGUCCAGCACCCCGCCUCGCAGAUAGUCGAGGAGGAGGAAGAGUACAGCGGCGACGAAAUCUACGACGAGUCGUCUUCGGACGAAGACGAGGAUGAUUUUGAGGAGGAGCUGCGGGACAUUGUCAUGAUCCCAAGUGCCAGCAAGGCCCCCACAGUCACCACAGAGGAGGUCCCCAGUGGUGACGACAUGGAGGAGGAUGACCUCGAGGAGGACUAUGCGCAACUCGAGCUCGUGCGCACAUCGUCACACUCCAACACCAGCCCGCCCCCCGAGCUGGUGGACGAGUCGGACUCGUCCGACGACGAGGCGGGCAUGCCCCCCUCACCACCCAACGCCAUGCUUCCCAUGCCCGCUGGCAAGGCGGAAGAUUCACUCUUUGAGGAUGAGCAGAAACAGGAGGCCAAGAACUAUUACCUGCCCGGGAGGACACCCCUUGGCGGCGUGUCGGCCGUCUCGGUCUACUAA